AUGAGCGGCUCCUCCAUGGCGAAGAGCGAGUCCCGCACUUCGCUGCUGAAGGCGGCGGGGAGCCGGAGGGCGGCGGGCGCCCAGCCCCAGCCCCGCGGCAGCCGCGCCCGGGACGGCAGAGGACAAGGCGGGCAGGCGGGGAGUGAGCAGAGCCAGGAGCUGCUCCCCGGGGAGCCCAGUGCCCGCAGGCCGCUUUGCCACCCGGGCGCCCGGGAGGACGGAGCGAGGGGCGCGGGGAAGCUGUCACAUGGACGGGGGGAGAGCCAGCCGGAGUCGGGGGAAGGAGGUCCAAGGAGAGGCAGCGGCAAGGAACCGGCACGGACAUCCCGACAUCACCAGCACCUCCCGCCGCACGCCAGCCACAGUCACCCCCAGGACCAGCAUCUGCUCUCAGACAGGGAUGGGGAGGAGGCAGAGGAGGACUUUUUCUUCAGUCACAGGCAGAGGUCCAGCAGAGAGUCUCUGAAGCUCUCGGAAAGCGCUUCACCUCUGUCCAAAUCCAGCAGCAAGUACUCCACCAAGUCCAGCGGCAGCGAUCGGUCUGUAGAAGCGGACCCCCUCUUCCACCAGCUGCACCCCAUGCUCAGCUCGGUCUUUGGCCAGAUCCGCCAUGAGGAGAAGACGUGCUAUAAGGCUGUCCAGACGAGUGAAGAGGGGUCGUCGGCUUGCGAGUACCAGGGUCCACUCAUGGUGCUGGCCCAGAACUGCGCCGUCAUGCACAACCUGCUGGGGCCAGCAUGCAUCUUCCUGAGGAAGGGCUUCGCAGAAAACAGGCAGCCUGACAGAGAACUACGUCCAGAGGAAAUUGAAGAAUUAAGAGAAGCCUUUAAGGAGUUUGAUAAAGACAAGGAUGGGUUUAUUAACUGCAGGGACCUGGGGAACUGCAUGCGAACUAUGGGGUACAUGCCUACAGAGAUGGAACUAAUAGAGCUCUCCCAGCAGAUCAACAUGAACUUGGGUGGCCAUGUGGAUUUUGAAGAUUUUGUUGAGCUGAUGGGACCAAAGCUGCUAGCAGAAACUGCAGACAUGAUUGGUGUCAAAGAGCUCCGUGAUGCCUUCAGAGAGUUUGACACCAAUGGUGAUGGGGAGAUCAGCACCAGUGAGCUGCGAGAAGCCAUGAAAAAGCUUCUAGGGCAGCAGGUGGGGCACCGGGAUAUUGAAGAGAUCAUCCGGGACGUGGACCUGAACGGAGAUGGGCGUGUUGAUUUUGAAGAGUUUGUUCGCAUGAUGUCCCGUUGAAAACAAUUCUCAGCUAAAGAAGAAUCAGCACCUUAGAGAGGGCAAAAGAGGACCUAGGUGGAGCAUCUAGCCCCGAUGUUCCCACAUGAAGGUUUAUCGGCUGGCUGCAACUGGGACAUUACAAUAUGACCUGCUGCUCCUCCCUCAUGGUGGUCCCCUUGCCCCUCCACCCUUUCACACUGUGAAAGACUUACAACUUCCUACAACUGGAACCAUUCCUUGGAGUUGUUUGCAGGAAACUGCAGAGCCAGGACUUGCCAUGAUGCUUUCAUGGGAUAUUUGCAACUUUAAACUCCUCCUCCCCAGCUUUAUUCUCCCACCAGAUGCUGCAAAGCAAAGACAGGAAAAAUCCUCUUGACUUGGUGGAUGAGAGCAAAGCCAUUGGGACUGGUGGCAGCCUCAGGGCGUGCUCUGCACUUUGAUUUCCCUUGGUGAACUGUGUCUGUGUUUGCUGUCUGUGUGUGUGUGUCUAUCUGUGUGGAGUUAUUUAUGCCUCCUCAGCACAUAUUCGCAUCUCCUGUGGUUAUGUUUACCAAGAGUAAAUUCAAAUACAUGUCUUG